AUGGUCAGCCCUCGGGGUCCACCCAGGGCCAGGCCCAAGGACAUGACAACCCCUGGACCCCUCCUGCCUCCUUAUGGUGUCGUAGUUGGAGUUUUGCUUCACCUCGUUGUUUAUUUAGUUGCUGUGCUGUAUAGUUAUGCUGAGCAGCUGUUCUUGAAAAAGGAUGACAAUAAAAUAAAGAAACAAGAUGCCUCAGCAAUUUGUGAUCUUCACUGUUGUAAGGAUGGGCCGAUGAGAAAUGGCCUUAUAGGGCAGAAGCCCCCUUCUAUCAACCCUGAGAGACUGAAAGAUUUUGGUGAGGAGGAUUACCUGAAUGGGGAUGUGAAGACCUGGGAAAUGAAGAUAGUGAGCCAUAAUGAGGAGUUACCUAGGGAUGCCCUUUCCCGCAUCCCUCAGUCAAGCAGUAGGACCAGCCUGUCAAGCUGUAACAAGCUGAUUCGAUUUGAAGAUAUUAGUGCAGCAGCUUUCAAAAUCCAGUGCGGUGUUCAGAAAACCCCCUGCAUGUAUUCUAGGCUAUCUAAGCAGUAUGGAAUGGACAUCUAUCUAAAGAAAGAGUUCCUCCAGUACACGGGAUCUGUGAAGGAACGAGGUGUACUCUACCUUCUGACAUCAUUACCUCAGGAUCAGCAAAGAAAGGGGGUGAUUGUGGCUUCGGACAGUAACUUUUCCAUGGCUGUUGCUUACCACGCCUCAGGGCUCCGUAUUCCAGUGUUUGUCAUCAUGUCAACCAGCACAUCCUCAGCCAGAGUGAAAAUGUGCCGUGAGUAUGGUGCCAUGGUUAUAUCCUAUGGCACUACAGCUAAGGAUUCCCAGAUGCAUGCAAGAAGGUUGGCGCAGGAGAAUGGUUACCUCUACCUUGAAGAGGAGGACAGUGCUGUCUACCUGUCGGGGCUGGGAACCGUGGGCCUGGAGGUGUAUGAGCAGGUUCCAAAGUUGGACGCUGUGAUUUUCCCUGCAGGAGGCCACUGUGGCUUGCUGGCAGGGUCGGCUGCUGCACUGAAACACCUCAACCCACAUAUUUCUGUCAUUGGGGUUGAGUCUGAAAGUUUCCCUGUAUUACAACAAUCCUUAAAGGCUGGACACCCAACUGAAGACCAGGCUUGCAGCAACCAUCACUUUUAUGGAGAUGUGAGCAGCCUUUGCUUUGGCAGCAAUUCUUUGCAGCUGACAGGGAAACUUGUGGAUAAAGUUGUUGCUGUAAGGGAGGAGGACAUCCUCAUUUCGAUGCUGAGAUUGCUGGAGUAUGAGCGAGCCACAGUUGAUGCAGAAGGGGCCAUUGGACUUGCAGCAUUGGUUGCAGGGAAGCUGCCUGAGUUGAAGGGCAAAAGAGUGGCAAUUGUUAUAUGCAGUGGAAACUUGGAGUUGCAUUUGCUGCAACAGUGCAUAGCUCGUGCCCUGAACCUCGAUAACAGAGUGUGUAGAUUUUCCCUUGUGCUUUCUGACUGCCCAGGAGACAUUUCAAAGCUACUGGAGAUUUUGGCUCGGGAAGAAGCAAGAGUUUUGGAUAUCAAGCAAGAACGCAUGUUUGUGACAUCUGAGCUCUUCACUGUCGAGGUCACCUGCACCGUGGAGACCAGAGACAAGAUCCACACAGCCCAGCUGAGGAACGUGCUCCUGGAACGCUACCCCACAGUCGCCUGGACGGAGCGGUGA